CUUGAGUAUGGAUAACAAAAAGCUACGUUAGCUUUUCUGCAGGACUCGCACGAUUCGGACUCAAAUAGAAAACCUCGCUUCGUUGUCAUAGCUGUUUUCAAUUCAGCCGAGCGACACGUGUUGUUGUUGUUGUUGUUGUUUUAACCGUGAGGUUGUAGUAAUGAGUUACUGUACUGUUCUGCUCGCUUCAGCAGUAUCCCCAGCACACAGAGGCCAUGGCGGUUGUGAUACCCCGUUCACGGAAUGAAUAAACUCUGUUUCACUGAGUUCAGAUUUGAAAAACUCCUACUAUGUUUUUAGCCAGUAAGAGACCGUAAGUGUACAGCCCGAGCAGUGCCAGUUCUGUUUGACAGCAACUUAAUGUUUAAAACUUAUAAUAAAGAUUACUCGCAAGAUCCUUAUAAACAUCCAUUAGACUUAGUUAUUCGUCUGAGAAGGUAAUGGAAUUCCCGGGACACAGUCAGCAGCUCCUGGCUAGCCUGCGCUCCCAGCGCUUGCAGGGCUUUCUGUGUGACUGCACAGUGAAGGUUGGCCCUACUCGAUUUAUGGCUCACCGUGCCGUGCUGGCAUCCUGCUCGCCGUUCUUCCACAUGUUCUACUCUGAGCAUCCAGUGGGGAACACCUCUACAGUGAACGGGGGACCAGAGAGUGACACGGUCACCAUUAACGGGGAUAUAGUGACCCCUCCGGCCUUCGGGCUGCUCCUGGACUUCAUGUACGAGGGGGUGCUGCGAUUGGCAGCUCACCCCCCUCCGGAAGACGUGCUCGCUGCAGCCAGCUUCCUGCACAUGAACGACGUGGUUCGAGUGUGUAAGAAAAGGCUGCAAGGACGAGGGCUGGCCGAGGCCGACAGCACCAGGGCGGAGGAGGGGGCCAGCGAGACUGGGGGAGAUGGAGCAGUGUUUGGGGCGCCAUCGAGAGAAGGGAGGCCAAACGGAGCGGAGGGGAGAAACGCUGGAAGGGGACUGGCAGCAGCAGCCAGACAGGGAGCUGCCAGUGUUUUACCGUCAAAUCCGUCCUCGUCGCCCUCGGUAACGCAGUGUCCUCAGCCGAGCCAGCAGAUGUCUGUUCAUAUUAAUACUAAAACAGAGACAGGUGUGGAAGUGCCUAGAAUUGACGCGCACAGUGCUAAUCUGGGAAGUCCAGAUAUGGCAGACACUACUCAACCAGGGAUGGACUCCCUUCCAGCAAUCAGUGACUCUGGGCAAGGCCCGUACAGUUCCUCCCCCGGGCUUAUUAGAGCUGGGACGUCAGCAACACCUGCUAGUCUUGAGUCUGCACUUUCAAGCCCCUGCAGCACCACAGAAUCAGUUCAGACAGGCACAGAAACCCAAUCCAGUGCGUCCACAGCUGUGGUUCAGGCCCCUGUGGACAACAGCCGAGCCGGUGACCAUGCUCAGGAUGUGCCCAUGCCAAAGGAAACCAGCACUGUGUUUGCGCCUGCCACCACUCAUCAUGGUCAAACAAUAAGAGCCAAGUCAUAUCAGCGCCAAGUUCCAUGUCUUGCUGAUUCUGUGCCAUCACGGCAUGCUCAGGGCCAUGCUGAAGGGAGGCCAGCAGCAAGAGGCCUGGGUGAGCAGCCGGAACCGCGGUCUCCCACGGCCUUGUCCUUACCGGGGGGAGGGGCUGAAGAAGAGGAUGCUGAGGAGGACGGGGUGAAAGUGAAAGUGGAGGCCAUCGUGAUAUCUGAUGAAGAACCAGAAGAUAUGGAUAUGGAAGAGACACUAGUCAGGAUCCGAGAGCAAAGGAGGGAGGCUGAUUUGGACGACAGGGAGGAUUAUGGCAGUAACCACGAUGUUGAGAUAACCAAUGCCCACUUCAUGCCUCCCCAUGCAUUAAUGCAACUCUCCCAUGAUCAGCAAGAGCCACUCUCUUUCCCUCUUUCGCCACAGGGCCCUAGUGCUUCCUCGUCGGACACAGCCAGCUUUGCAGCCUCCCUUUUCCCAACCCCUUCCCAGCAGUCAGAGCAUCAGGCCAUUUACUUCGAAGAAUUUCAGGAUUCCCUCGGGAAUUAUGUGGAAGAUGUGCCUACAUGUAACACUUGUGGAAAGACAUUUUCCUGUGCUUAUACCCUGAGGAGACAUGCCAUAGUGCAUACCAGGGAGCGCCCCUAUGAGUGCCGUUACUGUUACCGCAGUUACACCCAGUCGGGCGACUUGUACAGACACAUAAGAAAGGCACAUGAUCACGACCUGCCAGUCAAACGCAACAGAGCAGAGUCUGACCCUCCCCCGUCACCACCUGUUCCUCAGCCUCCUCAGACAUAGCUAGUUGUUAUCCAUCCAUAAUCUUUCACAUUAAUGUAUCCCCAGCCCCAAAAGAUGCAAUGUAUUGCAAAAGUUAAAAGAGAAAAAAAAAAGGUCUGUGUUCCCAGGUUGUGUGGACCAACUUUGUAAAGAAUUUUUACUGUUAAUACAACCUUUAGUGCCAUGAAGCAAUCACUCUGCAUGUAAUUUCCCAUGUGUAAUGUAAUACACAGGCAAAGCAGAAAUCCAUUCACCCAAUGCCUUUUUGUAUGCAGUUUUAAAUGUGAUAAUGGAUGGACUGAAAGACCGUAGCUGUAAAAUAAUAGUUAAUUGCCUACAGUACAUCUGGUUUAAUGUUCCUGCUCAGAAAGGAUGACCUGCAUAGAUGAAGUACUUCAUAGUCCCAAUUAGGAAUUGUGUUUAUUAACAAAGAGCAUGGUACCUAGGCACAGUGUAGUAGGUUUCUCUUGUAGCAUUGUUAUUUGAAGGCAUCUACCAUUGCUGUACCAAAAACUGGCCUUGCAGCAGAGAUGCAGCUAUAACCUGAAUGUGCUCUAACGAAGCUACAGGUAAGAGUUCAGCAUAUGCCUUUCUCUUAAAAAUGAUCAGAGCUUCAUAUCCAUUAAAUAAGAACCAUUAACCAA